AUGUCUGUUGUACCUCCUCAGGUAACAAAAGCUGUAGUUGUGCGGAAGAGCACAGGCUCCCCUCCAAAGCUUAUAUAUGACGCUGUCCUAGAAACGCGUCCUCUCAGGCAACUCGAGGAAGGAGAAGUUCUAGUCAAGGUUGGAGCUGUGGCUUUCAACCAUCGAGAUGUAUGGAUCCGUAAAGGUCUAUAUCCCGCGAUUGCGAUCGGUAGCAUUUUCGGUGCAGAUGGUGCAGGAACCGUGAUUGCUGCUCACAAUCCAGAAGAUCCACUGAUCAAUCAGAGAGUUUUUCUUUCCCCUCAACAUGGGUGGCGUUCCGAUCCAGAAGCUCCCGAGUCACCUACACAUGCAGUGCUUGGUGGUACAGUUCCGCCGGAAAUAGGGACGUUUACUGAAUAUGUGGUUGUUUCACGCGAAUAUGUUCUUCUCUCGCCGCCACAUCUAGAUGAUGUGCAUGUCGCUGCGUGGCCCUUGGCAGGAGUUACGGCUUGGAGGGCUACGAUGAUCAAUGGAUUAGUAUCCGCGAAUCAAAAUGUCCUCAUCACUGGAAUUGGGGGAGGUGUAGCUCUUACGGCUCUACAGCUCUGUAUAGCGAAGGGUGCCAAUGUGUAUGUGACUAGUGGCAGUCCUGAGAAGAUCGAGAAAGCGAAGAAAUUGGGUGCUAAGGGUGGUGUGAGCUAUAAGGAUUCAAACUGGGGUAAGAAUCUCCAGGCCUUGCUCAAAAAGACCAGCGAGAGCGGACAGCUUGACGUUGUGAUUGAUGCUGGAGGAGGAGAUAUAAUAGGGAAUCUCGGAAGCGCCCUUAGGCCAGGCGGUAGAGUUGUUUGUUAUGGAAUGCAUGCCAAUCCGGAAAUCAAGUUUACGAUGCGUCAAGUCCUGAGAAACCAGAAACUUCUAGGUUCGACGAUGGGCUCCGUGGUCGACUUGCGGAACGCUACCGAAUUUCUGGCUGAACAUAAGAUUGUUCCUGUUAUAUCUACCGUGUUAGACGGGUUGGGAAAUGCUGAGGAAGGGUUUAGGAUAUUGAAUGAAGGAGACCAGUUUGGGAAGGUAGUUAUCAAGGUGACUUCAGGCGACAAGCCUAGGCUGUGA